CUUCAUUUCGCUUCCUGGCGCAUUUCUGCCUCGUCCCCCAUCAUGGAGUUCAGGCCCAGGGUUGUGCAAUAGACUUGUUCCCCUUCCGAACCUAAAGCCUCAGCGAUAAAUUCCUUCAUCAUGGCGCGCAUGCCUGUGAUUGGACGAUUGUUUUGGUUUGAAUAUCUAGCACUGUUCGCUUCUUUGAUUCUGGUACUGCUCGAAUGGAUCAUACAUAUAAUUACAUUUUGUCUUCCUGAAACGGUAAUCAACUUCUUCUACGACCGGUCGAAAACCAUUUUCAACUUAUUUAUAACUCCCGAGGAUGAAGGCAAGCGCAGUAAAGAAGAACGGAUCGCCGCCGCAGUCGCACAGGCCUCCGACUUCGUAGAUAUAUGCGCUCUGUUUGGUUACCAGACUGAGGAGCAUAUUGUCCAGACCGGCGAUGGCUACCUGCUCGGCCUCCACCGCUUGGCCUACCGGCGUGGCGAGGAAAAGAUGCGCGUCAAUCAAGGAAAAGGGGGCGUCCGGAAGAAGGUUGUCUUCCUCCAUCAUGGACUGAUGAUGUGCAGUGAGGUUUGGGUGUGUUUGUCAGAAGAACAACGGUGUCUUCCCUUUCAAUUAGUGGAAAGGGGCUAUGACGUGUGGUUUGGAAACAAUCGCGGCAACAAGUACUCCAAAAAGUCCGUGCGGUUCUCGCCCGGGUCCAACGAAUUUUGGGACUUCUCCAUCGAUCAGUUUGCCUUCCACGAUAUUCCCGACAGCAUCAAUUAUAUCUUGGAUGUCACGGGCCAGCCUUCUCUGUCGUAUGUUGGGUUCUCGCAGGGCACCGCUCAAGCCUUUGCGACACUAUCUAUCCACCCACUGCUGAACCAGAAGGUCGAUGUUUUCGUGGCCCUUGCGCCCGCAAUGGCGCCUACAGGCUUGCCAAACCAUUUCGUUGACUCGCUGAUGAAGGCCUCGCCGAAUUUCUUGUUCCUUCUGUUCGGCCGUCGGAGCAUCCUCAGUUCCACGACCAUGUGGCAGACGGUCCUCUACCCGCCUAUCUUUGUCCAGAUUAUCGACAAGUGUCUUGACGGACUCUUCAACUGGAAAUGCCGGAACAUCAGUCGCUGGCAAAAGUUAGCGGGAUACCUACAUCUAUUCUCCUUGACCAGCACCAAAUCUGUGGUCCAUUGGUUUCAGAUCAUCCGGCAUAAAAACUUUCAAUUCUAUGACGACGAGGUCCACGCUCCAUUUAGCAUUGUCGCUAGCGAGCGCUUCUAUAAGCCGGUCAAGUACCCUACUAAGAACAUCAAGACGCCCAUUGUGCUUCUGUAUGGAGGCAAUGACAGCCUCGUGGACAUUAAUGUGAUGCUGAAAGAGCUUCCACGCGAGACCACGGCUAAGAUCAUCCCGAAGUACGAACAUCUCGAUUUCUUGUGGGCGGCAGACGUAGAGCAAGAGGUGUUCAGCCAUGUCUUCGAGGCUCUCGAACGGUAUAGCGGCAUCACCCAGUUUGAGGGGCCGGUGACGGGCCUGAUCAAUGGCGAUGCGGGGCAUGCGAUCGCGAUUUAGGCGAUAGAGAUCCAUUAGAUAGCAUGAGUUAUAUGAUUCGUGCGAAGUAUAUACCGGCGCGUACCCGGACGGCGGUUGGUUUGGCUAUAAUGGUGUCUGUUAAUACCUCAUAUUAGUGUAUAUGUCUCUUUUUUGUUCAUCUUUUCUUUUGCAAUCCUCGACCCAGGCUGCAACAGCCAUGGCCUGUUUGUUGCACAGCACGUAACCGAGGCCGCUAUAGUAUCUCAUAUUAUGAUAUCAUUCACGCCAUCGAAGGAGGGCAAUGACCAGUCGAACGCCGUUGGACCUCGCUUGACACACCGUGUGGGCCGUCGAAUGUGAUACAUUGAUUUAAGGUCGAACUGACGUCCCGGCAUUCAUUUAGACUACUGGUCAGAGCCAACGCCCCCCUACUCAUCUAGUGUCGGUAUCAAGUUACAUAUGUCGUUGGAGUUUGCCUCCUGGAAAUGCCUCCCGUUAGACCUAUCGACCGGUCCAUCACAUGAACCCUGCGUCGUACUUCUUGCGCCCAAUCGUCGCCCCCUGGAUCUCCCGGUCGAGAGUCCAGCCAUUGGUUUGUUUGGUGCCUGACAGCAUGAGGUGGCCAGGUCUUUGGUCCGGACUCAGUCCCUCUCGUCCGGGAGGAGGGAUGGUGGGUUGGUUUUCUUGUGCAGGAGAGCCGAGGGUGGGAAAAAGGUGACAGGUAAAGUGAACCGUUUAGCUUAAGCGAUUGGUCGAG